AUGCUCAAGAAGAGGACUUUACAUCCUCCCAUUCUCUUCCGGCAUCACACUCCCACCACGACGCCUGAACUCUCGCCGACGACCUCUUCAUCGGACAGCGAGUCGGACGAGGACAUGGACUCCCCCCGUCCGCGUCCGCUAAGUCUGACUGUACCCCCUGGCGCAUUUUGUCCCAUGCGUCCCUCUUUAGAUGAGGUGCUUGCGAACACUGCCCCUGCACCCUACACCCUCAGUGCCUUCAUGGCCUAUCUUUCCCAGAAUCAUUGCUUGGAGACUCUCGAAUUCACCCUGGAGGCGAAGCGGUACCGGGAAACCUACAAUGCUCUGAGUCGCCAACUGAACCAAUCUCCUAUUGCCAGUGAAUGUCCCGAAAGCCAACACCUGCGCAUGCUCUGGCAACGACUGUUGACAGCCUACAUCAUCCCGGGUUCCCCGCGUGAGAUCAACGUCUCCAGCGAAGUCCGGGAAGAUAUUCUUCGAUAUGCGAAUCAAACUCCCCCGCCGCCCCCCGAAAUUCUGGACCUUGCCGUGAAACUCGUCCACGACCUGAUGGAAGAGUCGAUCUUCAUCCCAUUCCUGAACGCUCACGCCGCUGCUGCUCACGUCUUCCCCCUAUCCGAGCCACUCUUCCCGCACGAGGAUGUCACUGUCGUUUCCAAUGCGAGUCUCGACGAUCACACGGUUAAGCGGGUUCGUUCGAAGGGUCGCCGCUUAUCGCCCCGUUCCUCCAAAGAAUUAGGCUCCCCGGUCUCCGUCGGGUCCCCGACUGGCCACUCCACCCGGUCGAACUUCUCGUUGAGUGCGAUGACUUCAUCCUUGAGCAAGGCGGGUCAUCGCACAUCAAGUCAUGUUACUAGUGCUAGCGGGGAGUCGGCAUCGGGCAGCGCUUUAACGGAUGAUUCAGGAAGCGUGCAGUCGAAUGUUAGUACAGGUGAACCGAUGACACCGCCGACGACUCCACCCUCGAGUGAACCCAAUAGUAUGCAACUCGGUCACAGUCCGAAGCGGUCCGACAACCCUUGGAAGAAGAUGGGAAUGAAGCUGGGUUUCAAGAAGCGCUCUGGGAACAGUGGUUCCGGCAGCCAUCACUUCAAACUAUCCGGCAUGGACGAAUGA